AUGACGAGUUUGAAUCUUGAGCUGAGGAGGCAGGUCAUUGCCAUCUAUAAAGAGCUCCUCUACCUCGGCCGCGAAUACCCCCUCGGCUACUCCUUCUUCCGCCCCCGCCUCCACAAAGCCUUCAUGUCGCGUGCCGCCGAGCGGGACGAGGACAAGAUUCGCUCCGGCAUCAAGCAAGCCGAAUUUGUCAAGAAGGAAAUCGAAGCUCUGUAA